CUCGAGACGGCAGAGAUAUGGUGCCAGCCACAGGGGCAGGCACGCGGGCCCUGGAUCAGAGGUGUGCCGCUACCCCUGCCGGUAUGGGCCCAUUACGAGGCACCAGCCUUGACCGUACUAACGGUCGAACAAUAUGAGGAAUUAGCAGGCAGCGUUGAAUUAGAAACGCAACACUUAUUGCGUGAGCAUCGCUAUGACACCAUUGGCAAUUUCCUUAAAUUUUAUAAGGACUAUAUUGCAAGUGGUGAAACCGUACUGGAGAGAUUUUAUCACAAAUAUCAACCACUUAUAACACGUGAACAUCAUACCUGUGUGGGUUUGGGAUUUGAAUUGCUAUACCGUUUAAGAUGUUUAAAUAAACGUUUUCCUGGUAUAGCAGGUGGCCUCUACUUAGUAUCCUGUGAAGAGACGAUCGAUAACAUUGCUAAUUAUGUUGGUGGACCACCCGCUGCAGAUAGCGGAGAGAAGGAACAUGUAUUAGUAUGUCUGAAAAUCGAAAUUGGUGGACGAAAAGGAGUUAUGCUCCUUGAUCCUGGAUAUCAUGUAGCUCGAGUAAUUACUGUCAUGGAGGAUAAGUUAUACCCACAUACGGGCUGGUUUAUUCAAUCAGAUGAGCCAGAUUGUAAAAAAGAGUACAAUUACUUUCUAUGCACUAACGAUCCUGAUUACAUUGAAUGGCAUGAGAGAAAAACUCGAUCUGGUACCCUAGAAAGAACACAAGUUGCUCUUAUAUACGUGGCAAGGCCUUAUUUAACUGCCAUUGAUGUUACUGAACGCAGAAAUUUAGUUUAUAACUUCAGGAGCCUUCUUGCAAGAGAUACUAAAGGUCAUGUUACAGCUGGUAUAUAUUUUCCUGUUGUGCUAGAUAUAAACAAUGCACAAACCUUUUCAAUUUUUUAUCAAACUAAUAAUGGCAAAAAACGAAUUAAAAUGGCAUUUAACAAAUUCUGCAGUUCACCGAAGAUAAAUCCUGGUGCCGAAGAAAAAGAAGUCAUUGCUGAAUGUGCUCGGCAAUUAGGUCUCUCGCAAGAUACCCUGGAGAAUCUAUUAUGUACUCUUGCUACAGUUAUGAGUGACUCAGCCUUCGUGGCUCAACUCCUGGCUAUUAAUUCAAGAAUCAACACUUUAGCAGAGGACAAUUAACAGAAGUCAAUCUGCCCUGUGUGGUGCAGACAAUAUAUAAUGUAUCAUUUUUUUUGCCGGCUUUCCUCUUAUGUUCUUUUUAGUCUGUUGAUGGUUAUCUUAAUAGCUUUACUAUGUACUACAGAUAUUAAUUUUAUUCUGAUUAUAAAAUAGGGUAUAAUAUUUUUUAAUGAACUUUAAUAAAACUUUGUAUUUUACGCAUUGUUGUUAACAGUUCAAUGAAAAUAUUAAUGUAUGUAUUAAUAAUUUUUGGAGAUUGUUUUCAAAAUUCAAUAAUAGCAUAUAUUUACACCAUUCUUUAUUAUUGCUUAUAUAGAUAUUUAAUCGUAGGUCGUUUUAAAGUUUCAGAAACAAUACUGAGUAAAAUUAGUUUUCUGCUUAUGUUUUAAAAAACAAAAAUCAUAAAUGGUGGUAUUAGGGAUGACUUAUAUUUAAUCUCUUUGUUAGUAUAAAGGUGGAUUAAGUUAUACUAAAUCUAUAAUUUUUAUUUGAAUAAACAGUGACAAGAAUCAUUACA